UACGAAUUACAAGACGUAUUCGCUAUGAUGUAUGUUUUUAUGUUUGUAUACUAUAAAUUAAGCUAUACAUUAGUGAGCUUUAUGAAUGCUGCUAGGUGUAUAUUUCAUUUUGUUUGGACAUAGCCUUGUCUCAUUGUUUCCAGUAUUUCUUUAAGCUAACCCGCUAACCUGGCUACAGCUUGCUAAUUUUCACAUUUACUGUACAGACUUGUAUUACGCUUCCCACCGGCAUUAAAGCGAAUAAGCACACUCCUAAUUAACUUAAGGAACCAUUUCACCUGUUUAGCUCUGAGCUGUACAAGGCAGCUCAUUGUGUAGCGGGCGCUAGGACCCAGCGGAGAAACCACCUCUGGGUUCCCGACCAGCGGAUCGGUAGAGUGCCGACUGUAUCUGUCAGCGGUGGCUCCACACACACACACAUUCACUCCUUCAUGGGCCCGCAUUCAAAUUUCAACAACUCACUCUAAGAUGGACAGCGUCAAAAGAGGAAUGGAAACAAACGGCAGCAAAUCGAUGGAGGUGUUGGUGAGUGAGCUGGGCGUCCUGCUGCAGAUGCUGGACCAGGAGAGCCUCAGCUCCUCCACGCAGGAGAAGAAGACCUCUGUGUGGAACCUCCUGCAGCAGAUACAGCCAUCAGUUUCAGGAACAGACUACAUCUACAUGAACUCAGCAGUGUACAGAAAUGGCACCAGCUUCGUAGAGUCCCUCUUCGAGACAUUUGACUGCGAGCUUGGAGACCUAAAGGAUGUUACAGGUGUAACAGAUGUGAAAGAAGACAAGAACACGCAGACGGACACUUCAAAUCAGCAGAACUGUGCAGGCUUGCCAGCCCCGCGCUCCGCGAACUUUCCUCCCCCUCUGCCCACAACACCUCCUCCUGAGGAGUAUUAUGAGGAGGCAGUGCCCCUCAGUCCCGGCAAGUUGCCCGAGUACAUCAUCACACGAGUCAGGCCUAGCCCUCCCAACUCUAUAGAGGAUGGGUAUGAAGAUGCUGAAAACAACUACCCCGCUACCUGCAUAAACACGCACCGCAAGAACUCAUCAGACAACGACUCCGAUGCUCUGAGCAGUUCCUACGAGUCCUACGAGGAGGACGAGGAAGAGAGGAGCCCCGGCGUCGGACUCACUCAUCAGUGGCCCUCGGAUGAGAGCUCCAUGCCUCCUGCCAGGGACUGUCGCAUCUGCGCCUUCCUGCUGCGGAAGAAACGUUUCGGCCAGUGGGCGAAACAGCUCACCGUCAUACGGGAGAAAAGACUACAGUGCUAUAAGAGCUCUAAGGACACAAACCCCUAUGUGGACCUGCUCCUGCCCCAAUGCACCGUGGUCUACGCACCCAAAGACAGCAAGAGGAAGCACCAUGAACUCCGUUUCACCUUACCCAAUGGAGAUGCACUGGUGCUGGCUGUGCAAAGCAAGGAGCAGGCCCACAGAUGGCUCAGGGUUGUUAGAGAGGUGAGCGGUCAGAGCGCCGGGCCUGAGGAAUCUGCGUCUCCCAUCAUUCCAAGAAAAACUGAACUUGACAAGAGGCUGUCUGCAGAGAGGAACACAUCAGACUCGGACAGUGUGGGUGUGUCGACUGUUGAGAACUGCAGAGAGAAUGGCAAGGUGAAGCGGGGGGCUUUCGCUGCGGGCCGCAAAAUCACGCGCAUCAUCAGCUUCUCCAAGAAGAAGCCCCCUCGGCCAGGAGAUCCCCGGACCUCCUACACCGACCCUCGACGAGGCUAUGUGGCGGUGCUGGUGAAUCAGGUGUGGCGGGAGCAGUGGUGCUGUGUGUGCAGAGGCUCCCUGCACUUCUACAACGACAAAGGAGACGCUCGGACCUUCCUGCCUUCACUUCCUCUCCACGGCUGCGAGGUGGUCCCGGGGCUGGGACCCAAACAUCCCUUUGCCUUCCGAAUCCUACGGAACUGCGCGGAGGUGGCUGCUCUGGAGGCGAGCAGCUCUGAGGAACUCGGGAGGUGGCUCGGCGUCCUCUUGGCAGAGAUGGGCUCCGCGACAGAUCCAGAGUCACUGCACUACGACUACGUUGACGUGGAAACCAUCGCUAACAUCCGCAACGCUGCGCGGCAUUCCUUCCUGUGGGCCACAUCCUCCAGCAGCACCUACACAGACUCCAGAACAUAUGACGAGGUCCCUAAUGAGGACAUGCAGUCAGGGGAGGACCGCAGGCAGCAGUCUGGGAAUCAAGGGAAACGGCGCUCAAGUUUCUCCAGCAGCGACUCUGACCGAACCAAGCCUUUGGUCUCCCUCAAACGAACGGGCUCCAACGCCAACCAAUAUGGAAGGUAUGGGAAAACGCGAGCGGAAGAGGAUGCCAAGCGCUACUUGCAGGAGAAAGAGGAGCUGGAAAGAGCGAGGGAUGGGAUACGGAAUGCACUCGUGACCCUGCGGAAGGAGAAGAGAGAGCUGAAGGAGGAGCUGAAGACGGCCUCCGACAGGAGGACGUUCUCCCUGAACAAGCGCGUGUCCCAGCUGGAGGAGGCCUGUCGAGCUAAAGAGGCAGAGAGGGUGGACCAGGAGCUCCGGCUGUCUCAUGUCCAAGAAAACAUCAAGAAGAGUCUGGCCGGCGGAGCGCUGGGCGCACCUGUUGAGGCUAAACCCCCAGUUAAGGCCUCCGGCAAAAAGACGCAGAAUAUCUACAGUGAUUCUUUGCCAGUGAACUGCGCAGCGGAGAUGCGUCGGAGACCUCUUUCUGUUUACGCUUCUUCAGGAACUGUCAUGCGGAAGGCAAAGGAAUGGGAGUCAAAGAAAGAGACCUAAGAGCCGCAUCAUGGAGAGGACUGGAGGAAGAAUAAAUGGAUUUCUUUGUGACAUUCAGUCCUACCAAGGAUAACGUCACAUCCCAGACAACAGAAAACUGUAAUGAAAGAUAUCAGCCACUAGGUGGAGGUACAUCUCGCUGAAUAUUUACUCUUCUGUCUUCCUAAAAGGACUUCUCCAAAUGUGAGAAAAAGGACUUCUCACUGUCUGUGUAGCCAAGUACUUCCAUUGUCUCUGCCGACGCUUAUUCAAAUGUGGCAAACAGGAAAGAAGCAAGUAAGACACAAGAAAGGUGUAUUGAAAAGCACAUUGCAUAUUGUUGUAAUGGAAAGGCCACAAGGGAUUGCAUUCUCAUCCGGUGUUGCAUAUACGGUGAAAUGUUUAAUUGUUAAGGUGCUGUGUGAGAAAUGUGAUGUGUUGGCAAAAUAAGUUGAUGGAGGUAGUUUAAGCCACAAUGUGCCUUUCAUAUAGUAUGUUUUUUUUUCUGCCUGUACAGAGACUACUGUUACUAUGUUUUAUACUUUUAUACGUUUGUUUCUCUUCAUCAUCAUUAAUCAUACCUGUCAGAGGUAUUCAGUUAUGUGCCAUGGAGUGUGUUAUCAUUUCUUUUUGACAGCACUUCUAAGCUUCUCCUCUCAGGUUGAAGCUGUGCUACACCGCAAACAAAUCAUCUGCUGCGUAAUCCUACAUCCACUUGACUGUUUUUGGCAAACCCCUCACCAUAUGUAAUUUUAUCAACUCUUCUGCCGAACCCGUGGUUAACUUGUGCACUUUACUGUUCUCCUACCUGGAUAAGGGAAUAAUAAAUGUGUCUUAUUCUCACACAGGUGAUCUUUAAUCAAUUGUUACAGCACAGACCUAUACUUUGCAUUCUCCGUCACUGACUUAUUACUUUUAAUUUCACAUGAUAUGCUGUGAAGUAAAUAUACAGUAUAAUGGUUUCAUACAAACAAUGUAUGACAGCCAAAACAAGAAGAAGGAAGACGCACAUCGACAGCAGUCACUUAAUAAAGGCAAUUCAAUGCAGUUCAGGCAGCCUAUUGUUUACAACUAGAUGACUCAUCCUCAUUUGUUCCGUGGAAUUGUAAUUAAAUAGACGGAUACAGGCUUUGUAUCGUCACUUCUACAUGUUAAAAUGUUAGAAGCCACCCAUUCAUACAAUUAUAGGUUUCAAUACGGAGUGUGCUACAAAGAAGACUUUCUGGUUCCUAACUCAACUGCUUUUCAUCACUUUGUCGCCCUGUCUGCGGGACAAAGAGGUUUUAUUCAUGUGAUACAAAAAAAGCUUGUAUGAUCAGCUUAAAUCCAGGCAGUGGCAACUGGUAUUGGGGUCUCAAAUGAGGAGGUAUAGCAGCUUCAGGAAGUGAACAACGCAGCAGCUGGGAAAUGAACGCUCAGAGAAAGAGAUAGUAAAGCCAGUAGAGGAUAUUGACAAAGAGAAAUGCCAGGGGGAAAACUUUGCGAGAGCGGCGGUCAAUGUCGUGCGGAUUUUCCACGACGAAGACUGACACCACCCGACACAACACGUCCUUCGCCGAAGACGGGCCGCAGCCCUGUCCUGGCGCCUUGUCUUUGGCUCCAGCAUUGUUCCUCGUGUCACUGUUGGCCGACUGCUCCGCGGUGGUGGCGAUCACCAUGGACUGGUUCGGUUGGGUGGACCUGACGAUGGGGAUGGAGCUGUUCCCGUUGGAUUCAUUAAACUCCCUCUGAAGCUCCUGGUAGACGGACAGAUCACAAUGUUUUUUUAUUCUCUAUUAUUUAUUAUCUUUGAAUGAGUUCCCUUCAUAUUUGAAUGUUUUCCUCACCCUGUGUAGGUCCUCGAUGGUGUGGUGCUUCAUGGUGUAGAAGUGGGCGCAGGCGUACUCCACCAGUGCGCCAAAGAUGAAGGUGAAGCAGAUUCCCAGGUAAACGUCGAUGGCCUUGAUGAAGCAGUUGGCAUUGGGCAGGGAAGUGCGGGCGCCCAUCAUCAGUGUGGUCAUUGUCAGGACUGUUGUUACUCCUGGAAAAUACAUCAUCACAGUGUUGUUUUCAUAAUGUACGGUGGUGGAUGAACCUCUAAUCCAUGUAUUGGUAUCGUUAUUGUUUUCUCCUUUGCUUUUGCUGUUGCUCUUUUAUGUGAGGGUCAAAUUGUGUUGAACUGGUUGCUGAUGAUGAUAUGUUGAUAUCUGUAAACACAACACUGUUGAAGUUAUUAGUUGAGUGAUUAAGUUCAACAUCUUCAUAUUUAAAUUUUGU